UCUAGAAUGAGUUUGACUGCAUCCCUGAGAUCAGAAGACGAAGAGGACAUCAUAAAUAAAAGAAUAACUCAGAUGACUAGAAGAUCAUCUCCAUAUCAUAUUUCCGCCCCCCUCCCCUCACACACACACACACACACACACACACACUAAAGCACAGGGACUCAAUCCCAGCCCACCCUUCCUAUGCCAAGGCAAGGGGAAUAACUAAGUUUUAAUUGUUUAUAGACAGUCCGUAAGAUGGGCACAGGGUAGCCCUCUGGGGGAAGGUCAUCCCAAGGGCAGGGGACGUACAGGAAAAUGGCAGGACUUCUUCCACCUUUAAGCCACUUCACAAUCGUUCAAAGUUACAACUGACACCCCAAAACUAUAUAUGACCAAGGAAGGUAGGAAGGAGGGAGGGAGGGAGGGAGGUGCUCCAGCAACAGCUUAGUGAGGCCAACAGUAGAUAGUCUGGAUGAUAUAGCAGUCCAUUGUAUGUUCCCAUUAUGGGACUGCAGCAUUCUUUCCUGACACUUCCUUCACCUGGGAGACUGCACAAGGCGCCUGAGCUGAGGUUCAGGGCUGGGAAAUGUUUGUGGUAACCCAGAGAGCCAAGACACAGCUCUCAGUCUCCAUGGAUUCCCUUCUACUCUUGGCUGAAGAAUCCCAGAUGCCUCACCUCAACCACCAUCUCCCCUUAUAAGGACUUUUGCAACUCAGGUUACAACCAUCACUAAGAAUAAAUCUUGUCCAAAGAAGAAGAGGGAAAACAUUGAAUUGUCCCUUCUAGUCUCUCACGCAGCACCUCUUGAUUGCCUGGUUUGGAGAAGAGACGAGGGUCUCUUGAAGAAAACUUGCCUUGAUGCACUGAAAUAGACAACUUCCCAGUUAAAAAUAAGGAAGAGGUGAUGCUUCUGGGUCAACCUCCUGGCCCAAGGAGGAAUCGGGGGAGAUCAUCCGCAUGAUAUUCAAGAGCUGCAGAGUCCAUUUGGUUCUUCUGUGAAGGAGAAUCUCAAGAAGGUUGUGUGAUAAUUCAGCCUUUUAGAGAGAGGCUGAUUUCCUUCCAUCCUGAAGGGUGACCGCAGAGGCACGAAGCUUUCAAGGGCAGGUAGGUGAGGGAAGGCAAAGCUUAGACCACGGAGGCACAGAGAAGGAAAGGCAUUAGAUCAGUGGAGGGCAGCCGCAGGCGCACGCUGUGACUCGCCAUGGCAUCAGCUACCGUCACCAAUGUCAGCACGGUAGUGUUUGCCCUGGAUGGCUUUCCUGGUCUGGAGACAGCUUACGGCUGGAUUGGCAUCCCCAUCUUCUGUGUCUACUUGGUUGCCGUGCUGGGCAACUGCUCCAUUCUCUACAUUAUCUGGACAGAGCCAAGCCUGCAUCGGCCCAUGUAUCAGUUCUUGGCCAUGCUGGCUGCCACCGACUUGGGCCUCUGUGUCAUCACCAUGCCCACCGUGCUGGGAGUCCUCUGGUUCCGCCUGAGGCAGAUUGGCAGCCAGGCCUGCAUUGCUCAAGCCUUCUUCCUCCACUCCUUUUCCCUCAUGGAGUCAGCUGUGCUCUUUGCCAUGGCGAUGGACCGCUUUGUGGCUAUCAGGUACCCUCUGAGGUACUCUGAGCUGCUGACCACCACCAGAGUCAUGCAAUUUGGGCUUGCCCUCUUUCUGAGGAGCACCCUUUCCUUACUGCCCGCCUUUUGUUUCCUUGCAAAGUUCCCCUACUGCGAAGAUCCUACGUUGUCCCACUCCUAUUGUCUGCACCAGGAUCUGAUUCGCUGGGCUUGCAGUGACACCACUUUCAACAACCUCUAUGUCCUGGUCCUGAUCUUCCUCAGCAUGGGCUCAGAUCUCCUCUUCAUUCUCCUGUCUUACAGCCUGAUCCUGAAGGCAGUCCUGGGCAUGGUGUCCAGUGGCCGCAGCCCCCUCAAGGCCCUGAGCACCUGUGUCUCCCACCUCUGUGCUGUCCUGGUCUUCUGUGUUCCUGCGCUUGGACUGUCCAUCAUACACCGGUUUGGGCAGCAUGCGCCUCCCUUUGUCUACGUCCUCAUGGGUAACGUCUACAUCCUGUUUCCACCAUUGAUGAAUCCCAUAAUUUAUAGCAUGAAAACCAAGGAGAUCUCUGGACGGCUCCUCCAAAUGCUCAGAAACCUCUGGAUGCUGUAG